AAAAAGUUCAAUAUCAAAAACUAAACAAAUCUGCAGAUCAAAUUCGAGAAAAUCAUUAUUGCAAAAACAACAAAAGAGUGAUCAAAUUCGAGAAAAUCAUAGUUACAAAUAUAGUUGCAAAAACAACAAAGAGGGAUCAAAUUCGAGAAAAUCAUAGUGGCAAAAACAACAAAGAGUGAUCAAAUUCGAGAAAAUCAUAGUUGCAAAAACAACAUAGAGAGAGAGCAAUAAGCAAAAAUGCCUUGUGCUAUAGCAAUGACAAAUUCACCAAUAUUCUCACCAUCACACCAACAAACACCAAAAGUACUAUCACCGUUCUUUUGUAAACCAUCAGCUAUACAAUCUCCAGUCAAUCGAUCACCUGCUCAGUCAGUUUAUUGUCUAUCACCGGAGCCAGUUGUGUGUUCCACAUCAUCAUCAGAUACAGAGACUGAGGCGAUAUUGAAGAGAAAAAGGCCUGCGAGGUUAUCGAUUCCAAUAGUAUCAUUAGGAUUAGGAAACGUUUGUCAAACGCCUAAGGAGGAAAGUAGGAUGAAUGAAGUGGAAUAUGAUGGAGAAGGAUACUCUGUGUAUUGUAAAAGAGGGAAAAAGAGAGGUGAUAUUGAGGAUAGGUAUUCUGCAAUAGUUGAUGAUGCUAAGAAUGGCUCUAAACAGGCCUUUUUUGGUGUAUUUGAUGGACAUGGUGGAGCAAAAGCUGCCGAGUUUGCAGCAAAGAAUUUGGGCAGGAAUAUCAUAAAUGAAGUGGCGUUGAGGAGUGAAGAGGGACUGGAAGAGGCAGUCAAAGAGGGUUACCUCACUACAGACGAGGAGUUUCUGAAGUUAAAUGCAAAUGGAGGGAGUUGUUGUGUGACAGCACUGGUACAGAAUGGAGAACUUAUUGUAUCAAAUGCUGGUGACUGUCGUGCUGUUAUGAGCAGAGGAGGAGUAGCAGAGGCACUCACGGUUGAUCAUAGACCUUCAAGGCAAGAUGAAAUGGAAAGAAUUCAACGUCUGGGUGGCUAUGUAGAUAGUUGCCGUGGUGUGUGGAGAAUUCAAGGAUCCCUUGCUGUGUCACGAGGAAUAGGAGAUUCCCGUCUUAAGAGAUGGGUGAUAGCUGAACCAGAGACGAAUGUAUUGACAAUUCAACCAGAAUGUGAAUUCUUGAUCUUGGCAUCUGAUGGUCUUUGGGAAAAGGUCAGUAAUCAGGAAGCAGUGGAGCUACUUCGACCUUUCUGUGUAGGUGUUGAUAACCAACAACCUUUAUCUGCUUGCAAAAAGCUCGUUGAUUUGGCAGUAGCAAGAGGAUCCUCUGAUGACAUUACCACAAUGCUCAUUCAACUAGGUCAAUUUGUUCAAUAAACCAAUGCUCGGAAAGGAAGCAGUGGCGGUGUUGAUAACCAACAGCCUUUAUUUGCUUGCAGAAAGCUUGUUGAUUUGGCAGUAUCCUCGGAUGACAUAACCACAAUGGUCAUUCAACUAUGUCCGCUUAGAAGAAUCUGCUUGAAUGAUGACUUGCUGGUGUUCAGAUUUUUGUCACUUUCAAAGCCAUAUCAUUAGAGAUUUUCAGUCUUAACCAAGCCUAACAGGACAUUAGUGUCAUGGUCAAUUUACUGAAGUUACAAUUGUGAAGGAGUUAGUUAUAGGGUAAUUGUUGAUGUUCAUAUUUGUCACUUCGACAAGUCAAAUUUUAUUUCUGUAGGAGUUUGACAUGUUAGAUAUUCUUCUCGCGGAAAGCAAAAUAGGUUAUAGAACAGCAUGAUCUUCAUGUAUAUUAUUUUCCAUUCAAAUAUAAUGGAACUGUUGAUUUGUCAA